AUGGUGAAGGGGAUCAUUGUGGAUGGCAACUGCAAAAAUGGAGGAUAUGACGCUCUCGAGAAGAUGUUGGAACAAAAGGUACCUGACUGUGGGAUGAGGGCAAAGCCCAAUAUUGAAGGACGAUACAAGGGUUUGAAGAAAAAGUGGCAUGCUAUCACAUUUAUGAGGAAUCAAAGUGGAUGGGGGUGGGAUGAGGCCAAUAAAUGCGUCAUAUGUCCUGAUGAGAAGUGGGACAAUUUUGAAGAGGUAUGUAUACUCCCUAGCCUUUUACUUUCUGUUUGGUGCUACUUUGUGGAAUUUUAG